AUGCACCAAUCUGCCUCGCCCACAUUUGCCUCGACGCCCCUCCAACACUGCCCCUCACGCGAUCCGAUCCCCUACCCCGUGUCCUACCCGACGACAUGGUACGCCUUUGAAAAGACGCCCGACUUCUAUGCCUGCUCCAACUGCUUCGAGCGCCGCGUCGUCCCCGCGGGGCUCCAGGACCACUUCUACCCCAUCGUAGAGACCAUGGCGGGCCCAGACCGUUACUGCAACUUCAACACCCCGAGGGUCAAGUCGCUGGUUUCCCAGUACAGGAUCAAGCGCAAGGACCCCGUCAUCCUCCGGAAGCUCGAGGACCACAUCGCCUACCGCGUGCUGGUCAAGUCGUGCAAAUUCUCCAGUCCCGUCGCCCCCGACGAUGACUUCGAAUGGCACCGCCUAGCCGCCGGCCUCCAUGCCUGCCACGCCUGCUACGAGGACUACCUGGCCCCGUCCACCUUUGCCCGUUCCGCCGGCGACUACGACGAGUUCAUCACCGCUGCCCUCCGGCGGAUCCAGGUGCUCCCGUGCGCGGGGCCCACCGAGGUCCCAGGCGCCUCGCGCAAGUGGUACAGGCCCAAGUACGCGCGCGCGCGGGCUCAUCAUCUGCGAGGAGUGCUACCUCGACGCCGCGGGCGGCACCCAGUAUCAGGAAACCAUAUUCGAGCAGUGCCGCCCGCCGCGGGAUCGCCUCGCCUGCGGAUUCGGCGCCAACCCCGCCUGCCCGUCAACUUUGGCCUCAUGAUGGAGUUUGGGGAGACCGACAUCUUCACCCACGCCGCCGAGGCCGUUCUCACCACCCCGCCCUGCACCCCAGCCGGGAUCCAUCCGGGCACCCACUGGUACACCCUCCCGGGCAUCCAGGAUUUUGCCCUAUGUGCCGCCUGCGUCGCCACCCUUGUGCGGCCCAUCCAGAUCUUGGACGCGCACCUAGUCCAGGGGACCGGCAGCCCCCACCAGGCGCGACCUGUGCCCUCAACAGCGCCAACCCCGCCUCGAUCAGUAUAUCAAGAAGAUUUCCGAAGCCGCCGAGAAGGGCGAGCCGUCCGUCUUCCUCUCCACGGCCGCCUACCUGUCCACGUCACCUCCUUGUCCGGGGGCAGCCCUUCCUCGCAAGAUCACCGGUGGACCGGCACGGGCGAGUUCUCGGCGUGCUCCGACUGCGCGCGCGACGUCGUCUUCCGAUCCCCGCUCUCCAUAUUCAUGACGUACCGCGACGCCGCCGUGGCCGGGCCCCGCAAAUGCGACUUUUACAGCCCCCGCGUGCGCCUCUUUUGGUCCCAGGCCUCCCGCGCCCCCGACCCCCGCCUCGCCCUUUCCGACUUCAACUCCAUCAUGCGCCACCGCGACGCCGUCUUCCGCAAGCUCGGCGCCGCCAGGAAGAGGGCCUCAGGACCCUCCACGCGUGGGGCGAGAUCGUCGAGGCCGGACCGCAUCACCCAGCUCGAGGCGCUGUGGAAGGAGGUUGAGUGA